AUGUCUGAGGAGGAGGAUAAGGAGGAGGAUAAGGAGGAGGAUAAGGAGGAGGAUAAGGAGGAGGAUAAGGAGGAGGAUAAGGAGGAGGAUAAGGAGGAGGAUAAGGAGGAGGAUAAGGAGGAGGAUAAGGAGGAGGAUAAGGAGGAGGAUAAGGAGGAGGAUAAGGAGGAGGAUAAGGAGGAGGAUAAGGAGGAGGAUAAGGAGGAGGAUAAGGUUAACCGUUUAAUAGUUAAGACCCUACUAAAGAAAAAGGCCUACUAG